GUGGUCCAAGAGUUUCGCCCUUUUCUUCAAGGGUGUCGAGGACUGUCCCAUUUGCUACAAUGUCAUCCAGCUCACCACGCAGACAAUUCCCAGAAAGGCAUGUCCCACUUGCAAGCACAAGUUCCACAACGAGUGCCUCUACCAGUGGUUCCGCUCAUCCUCCAAGACAACCUGCCCCCUCUGCAACCAACCGUUCUGAGGUCGAUGGCAGCGUGGGAGUUCCACCACUUCCACGUCUCGGGUGUGAUGAGCACGAGGAAAGGGGGGAUGCUCCGGCAGCGGUGGCCGCACCUGCAGAGACUGGUGCAAGUGAUGCUG